AUGCUCACUGAUGGAGGCUCAAUCACCCAAUUCGCCUGGUGCAGCGAUAAUUCCCCAUCGAAUCGGCCAGGCUUGUGUCGGGGUUGUGAGAAGGCAGGACUAGUCUGUGAGGUUUCUGCUACACUCAGGAGACAAACUAAAGUGCGAGGAUUCACCUCGGAUGAACAACGACUAGAGCAGCUUCAGGCCGAGUUGACAAGAUGCCAACAAAAGCUCAAAGCAGAGCAAGAUCGAAACGAAGCUCUUCAACAGGAGUUAUCGCGCCAAGAACAGCCCAUGCUUCCACACAAUCCAGAAAUAACCACAAGCUUAGUCGAGCCUUCAGUCCCAGUUCAGGCUGAGAGACGUCCAGCUGCCGACCCAACAUAUGUUAUCAAGCAUAUGGGUCGAUUGGUUCAUGAUGAAAAGGGUGUUGGUCGCUUUGCGGGCUCAACGACCGGUGUUCAUUUUGUUUUGACUGUUGAACAAGAAUGUCAAAAAGCGCUCAAUCUUUCCGGCGUGUUUCCCGAAAGCUGCUUUCGCCUUUUUUUGGCUGAACCCUCUCCCAAUAGGGAAUUUUCUCUGGCCACAGGCUCUUGGAAUGAUCAAAUGAUCAGACAGUGUCUGACUUAUCCGUUAACACAUUACUGCCAGCAAGCAGAUGCUUUCAUCCAAAAAUGGGAAGCAUUCUGUCCUGUUCUUGUAAAAAAACAACUCAUGGCAGAUAUACGGGGUUUGAUGAACACAAUAUAUAAUCCAAGUGGUCACGGUGCUAUUGAUUACUCUACUACAUUGAUAUUGCUUAUGAUCUUGAACAUUCAUGAAUCUACUGCCGAUACCACCCACCAACAUCAUGAGCGGAGUCUGGAUUCUCUCAAGAGACUUUCUUUGGCCCAUAGCUUGGUUGAUAAAGUUGUCGGUGAAGGAAAUCUCAAGGCUCUGCAGGCUUUAUCGCUUUUUGCACUUUACAAUCAACUAAGUGGCCACUGUCUGACUCUUACAACCCUCAACGGCAUGAUUGUCAGCCUUGCUCAGUCUUUAGGCCUCCAUAGACACGCUAGGAGAUUCAAAAUGGGAGUUGGUGAAGUUGAGCUUCGGAAGCGCUUGUGGUGGUGGGUUUAUGUGUUUGACAGAUUUACUUCUAUUCUUCACGGACUACCUCCCCUGAUCAACGACGUCGACGUUGAUAAUGACCUGCCUAUUGAUUGUCAUCUGAAUGACUUAGAGGUCACCGAGCUUUCUCAUCCCUUGCCCGGGGAAAGAACCGCAGUAUUUGUGUUCUUGCAAUACGUGAGCCUUGGUAAAAAGCUCUCAAGAAUCCUUGAUCUUCUAUAUACAACGACACAACGACGUGAUGGUGCAAGGAAAAUUACGGACUUGGACCGUGAUCUCCGAGUGUGGAAUCAAAAUCUCAAAGCAAAUGGUAUCCUUUUUGAUAUUGGGAUUACCGGUCUGCAGCAUUCAUCCGAUGGUACCAACCAUUCCUAUGAGAGCACAACUAUAUGGCUCGAACUCAUGGCGAACAUAACUAUGACUUUAAUACAUCGCCCCGGCCUUUCAUUCGACGAUACAACACCAGAGUUUGGCAAUUGUCUCAGGGCAUGUCUCGAUUCGGGCAGUGCCAUCUUGUCGUUGCUUGAAAUGUCCAACAUCCCGAAGUGGCUUCGGAAUCUGAGUCUGGUCGGACCGGCUACAAUUUUUCAAUCUGCCCUCGUUCACAUCUAUUCUCAACUCAAAUAUCGCACGUUUAAGCCAGAUGGCUUCCCAUCGCUUGAUACUAGCAUGGGCAUGGUUUCGAAAGGAAUCUCCAUUUUGACAAUGGAGAGUUCCCGGGCCACUCAAGCGCAGGGAGCUUUUUACUCUGAAUCUGUCAGUGAGAUUAUUAAAACUUUGCAAACGUUACUCUCGUCACUGCCAGUUGCGCAAGGCUUGGUGGAGACUCCUCAUGUGGUGAACGAUGGUGUUCCUGUUAGUGAUGCGCCCGACACUUUUGACGAACAAACCUGGAGUGGCAACGCAUUGGACUCUUUGAACUAUAUGACGGCUUCUGACUGGAUGGGUGAUCCAUCAGGCCCGUUCAUGGGAUUCAUGGAUUUGGGCGAGUCGUAA